AGAGUACACAGCCUUCACACAUCUCGAUACCAGAAUUCUUCAUUAAUUAUAAGGAUCAACUUCUUGCCUGCUUCGACUGCCUUAUAUCUCAACAAAUUGACUGCCGCAAUGGCAGAACUUAUAGGGCUGAGUUCCGGGCUGCUGACUUUGUCUAUCUUUGCCUUCAAAAGCAGCAUCGCCCUUGUCAAGACGGUCCAGAGUUUUCAAUCUCAUCCUAAACAAGUCCGCGAUCUCAAAGAAGAGCUUGAGGCCUUAACUGAGGUGCUGCGCUCGCUCACCGAGACAGUCAGUGCCACUACUGACGUAGACUUCUCUGCUCUCGAUCAUCCCUUGCUGCGAUGCGGCAAUGCUUGUAGAGAGUUCGAGCAGGAAAUUAUGAAAUGUUCGUCGCGGUCCGGUGGUAAUCGGACGAGCUUUCGAGACUGGGCCAAGUUAAAGUAUAUGGGUGAUGACAUCGACGGUUUCAGGCGACUGCUGGCGGGAUAUAAGUCUACCAUUAUUAUUGCGCUCACGGACGCAAGUCUUCGCAAGUCCUCAGUCACUACCGAAAGCCUUGACGCGUAUCGGGACCUUAUCGAAACUGUUACUGAUGAUCUGGAGACUCAUCUUCGAAGCAUCGAUGAAAAACUCGAAACCAUAUUUGGGCACACAGUGACCGAGUCCGGCUCAGAUGAAACGGAACUGCGACGCAUAAAGGAGGAGCAGAUGAGCACGCAGAAAUGCCUUCAAAUCUGUGCCCGGUUGUCCGAUCACAUUGAUCAGAUUCAGCUCACACCCGAGAGUGAUAGCAGUUCUCCUGGGCACAUAGAUCCAGGUGCUGUACCUGAAAGGCUCACCAUGGAUGGCCUGCAGGAAUGCAAGAAUAGCCUUGCUCUCACUGCAGCAAAGUUGGAAGACCAUAUGAAAAAUCUAAUCGACCGAUUGGUGGCAAAAUCGAAGGCAGCGACGACCUCCGAAGAGGAUCUUGCGGAUCUUGCAAGGCUGCGGGAGGAGUGGGAUACCGCCCGCCAGUGCCGGGAUAUCUGCUCCAAAGCAGACAUCCACUUGAAGAAAAAUAUCAGCACCAUUGACAACUACGCCACGGGAGAUGCGGUACAGUUUAUGGUUUCGACUGAUGGUAAGACUCUUCAUGGUACUAAUCGAGGACUUGGGUGGAGAACGAGGCAGGUCGGAGGCCACCUCAGUGAUGCCACCGUCCAAAAGAUAUCACGGGACUUUUCAAGCAUUAGCUUCCAGAACACCGGGAGCGAGAGCUCGUCUUCGCGAGGCAAUACACCAUCCGUCCCUGAUGAUGGGAUAGAGCACAAACCUGACUCACAAUACCGGGAACGGUAUGGGCGAAGUUAUAAGCUCACAUCUAGUACUACUGCGGAAAUUCCCAUUUCUUCUACUGGGUCGGCAGUGGGCAGGCUCAGUAGCUCACCGAAGAGAUAGAAGCCGCAUGGCCUGCUGUUGACGAUAGAGGCUCGAUUGCUCUACAAUUUCAUUUUGACACUGGCAACUCUAAUUCAAAUAUUUUGGAAAGCAAUAGCAUGAAUUCAAUUGCUCUCGUCAAUAGCUGAUUCCCCCGCAGUCCCCACCUCGUG